CGUUCGUCUGACGCCAAAUGACCCAAAGCGGGCGUAGCAAUCGAGGAGGACGCGGCGGGGGGGUUGGAUGGAGGCGGCGUUGACGCAGUCCGCCACCGUCACGACUCCCCCCCCCCCCCGUUCGACUGAGCUGGAGGUAGCGGUCGCGGGUCUCCACCCGGGCCAUUCAAACAUGCUCAAAAACGGACAUCACCACCCCCACAGCCACCACCGGCACCAGGUGAGCAAGGACGUGGGCCCCGGCUUAGCACCCGGAGCUCCGAAGGCCAGUCCCGGGAAGAGGAGACGAAAGGUCCGCGUAUGGUGCGAUGGAUGCUACGACAUGGUCCACUACGGCCAUUCCAACCAGCUGCGGCAGGCCAAGGCCAUGGGAGACUACCUCAUUGUGGGCGUGCACACGGACAGCGAGAUCUCAAAGCACAAGGGCCCGCCGGUUUUCACCCAGGAAGAGCGCUACAAGAUGGUGCGGGCCAUCAAAUGGGUGGACGAGGUGGUGGAGGGCGCGCCUUACGUCACCGCCCUGGAGACCCUCGACAAGUACAACUGCGACUUCUGCGUGCACGGCGACGACUUAACGCUGACGGUCGACGGCGUGGACACGUACGAGGAAGUCAAGAAGUCGGGACGCUACAGAGAAUGCAAGAGAACACAAGGAGUUUCAACCACCGACCUGGUCGGUAGGAUGCUUCUCAUGACCAAAGCGCACCACAGCAACAUCGACGCAUCUGACUACCAGCAGCACACGGACAACUUUGGAAAGGGAAAGGACUCCAAUGGUCAGAACAGCCACAGUCCCUGGACGGGGGUGUCCCAGUUCCUGCAGACUUCCCAGAAGAUCAUCCAGUUCGCCUCGGGCCAGGAGCCGCAGCCCGGCGACACGAUCAUCUACGUGGCCGGGGCCUUCGACCUCUUCAACAUUGGCCACGUGGACUUCCUCCGGGCGACGCAUAAGAUGGCGGACAAGCCGUACAUCAUCGUGGGGCUGCACUUCGACCAAGAAGUGAACCGACACAAAGGGAAGAACUACCCCAUCAUGAAUGUCCACGAGAGAACGCUCAGCGUCCUGGCUUGCCGGUACGUGUCGGAGGUGGUGAUCGGCGCGCCGUUUGCUGUCACCAAAGAUCUGCUCGAUCACUUGAAGGUGGACCUCGUAUGCCACGGAAAGACGCAAAUGUACCCAAAGAAGGACGGAUCUGACCCAUAUGUUGUGCCCAGAAAGCGAGGAAUCCUGCGCACCGUCGACAGCGGGAACAGCCUCACCACGGACGCCAUUGUGCAGAGGAUAACCAAAAACCGGCUGCUUUUUCAAGACAGGAACCAGAAGAAAGAGACGACGGAGAUCGCCGCCAUCCAGGCCACGCAGCGACACCGAGUAGCAAACCAGUGACGGCGGCGGACGCCGAAUCAAGCCAACGUCGUUGAAUCCUCCCAAUCCGGGAAGCCUGAAAAACGCGCAUUUUAUGUGGACUGGCGCAGGCCGAGUGGGAAUCUUUUAUGCGGAUCCGUUCCCUUCCCACGCUUGUGCGAGUGAACGACGUGAAUAAGUUCACUUUUUGUCAAAUUCUCGAGGGCUGUGGAUGUUUCAACACCUGCACUUUGACUUUUCACCACGUGGCAUCCCUCGAAAACCAGCACGAAGUGGGAGAACUUGCAAAACAGCAGGGUGUUCAAAUACUUCUUUUCUUCGCUGUAAUAGAAGUGGGGGUUUUCCUCUGUAUGAAAUUGAGUUACUCAUGAAACAUAAGCUAUAUUUAUUGGGUUUUUAAAACACAUUUGGUUACGUAAACAUGCACGGGUCCAGUUGGCCCAGGCGCACGACUCCUGUUCGUCAAGAACUAAAGUAGCAGAAGAGUUCAUUUUGGGGUGCACGUUACAUUUUUGUUUGUAUAUUUGAACUCUCCAUCUCGCAAUGCUGUAUGAUAUGAUGUAUGAGUGCAGUGAGCGGCCACAGCGUCAUGUUGUCAUCAUAUUUAUUUGACAAUAUCCAUUGCUAUAGUUUAUAGAAAGAACAGGCUGAAGUUAUUAUAUGCUUAGUAAAAGUAGUUCAAUAAAUAUAAACAUAAUCAAAUAAAAAAAAUAGUUAAAGAGCCAGUGCAAUUCUACUCCAUUGUAAAGUGCAAGCACAAUAUUGAGCAUACUGUUAAAUAUCAUUGCAGUGUUGUUACGUGGAGCGUUCAUCAUGUUGUGGGCGGCUGUUGCAUUUAUACAUACACUAUAUGUAGUUACUUUUUAUUUAGAUAUAGCUUCAUAUAUAUUUGAUAAUGAUAAAAUGCCUGCAUGUUGAUUUGGGAUGUAUAUAACCUGGGAAACGUUAUGCAAAUAAUGUGCAAACUUGACCUCAUUAGAUGUAUUGUUGACAGUUAUAACAUGAUUUCGUUUGCAAAAAAAAAAAAAAAAUCGUGGAGAUGUAAUGAUUGAAUAAUUUUGCUUACAAUUGAAAGUUGCUUUCAAUUUUUUGGUGAGGGGGGAGGGUGAAGGUUUCAACAACCAUACUUCGUCGCACCAGCAGGGGGCGUAAAUGUUCAAGCACUCCUGAAACAUUUUCCAACAUUUAGAAACGAUAAUAUUAGUUGAAAUAAAAAAAGACUUUUGAGUAUUACAUAUGC